AUGCCAGGCACCACAUACCCUGAGGGAGGGAUUGAGGCCUGGUCUGUUGUGCUUGGAGCAUGGUGCGCCAUGAUCCCAUCGAUGGGUCUGCUCAAUAGUCUGGGUAUCUUGCAUGCAUGGACGAGUAAGCAUCAACUUGCGGACUACUCUGAGUCGAGCAUUGGCUGGAUCUAUGGGGCAUAUGGGUUCUUCUUGUAUGCUGCUGGAGCGCAAGCUGGACCAAUAUUCGACGCCUAUGGACCCAAGUAUGUCAUUAUCCCAGGCUCGAUUGAGAUUGUUGUCGCUUUGGUCUGCUUGAGUUUCAGUCAAGAGUACUACCAAAUAUUCCUCUCCUUCAGUGUCCUAGGCGGACUUUCCGCGUGCACUCUCUUUACUCCGGCAGUCUCUUGCGUGGGACACUGGUUCGACAAACGAAGAGGCUAUGCGACCGGGAUAGCUUGCACCGCUGGUGGUCUAGGAGGAGUCAUCUUCCCCCUGAUCAUUCUCUUCGCUGCGCCCAGAAUCGGCUUCGCCUGGGCAAUUCGCAUCAUCGCGCUUCUUUCUGCUAUACUUUGUCUCAUUGCUUGUGUUACAAUGAAGACACGCCUCCCUCGCAUCAAAGGAGCCAGCGCCUCUGUUGAUCUACGUGCUCUUCGGGAUGGAAAAUACGCCGCCACCACAAUAGCAGUAUUCCUGGUGGAGUUUGCUGUUUUCAUUCCGAUAACCUAUAUUGCCUCGUAUGCAAUUCACGUUGGACUGAGUGACACGCUUUCCUAUGCUCUGAUUGUCUUUCUCAAUUUAGGCGCCAUCCCGGGACGCUUCCUCCCCGGCCUCAUAGCCGAUCGGAUCGGAAGGUUCAAUGUGAUGGUUUUGACUUCCAUUGUGUGUGCGGCGCUCACUCUAGCUCUAUGGCUUGCUUCUGGCGACAAUAUUGCUGCUAUUGUCUGUUACGCAGUUUUCUUUGGUUUCUGGAGCGGCGCUGCAAUUAGCCUCACACCUGUUUGUAUAUCGCAGAUCUGUGAGACGCGGGACUUGGGCAAGAGGACCGGAACGACGUUCACAAUCGCCAGUGUAGGAACACUGACUGGCAUUCCAAUUGCAGGGGCGAUUCAGCAGCAAGAUCAUGGUGAUUACUGGGGCCUUAUUGUGUUUGGAGGUGUGCUGUAUGCUGCUGCUGCCGUGGCGUUCGCUAUUGCUCGGGGUUACAAUCCACGAACUGGCAAAACCGAACUAUAA